AUGCCGAUUCUCAACGAAGAGGAGGUGCUAGCACCUUCAUUUCCCACGGAAGGAAAAUAUCUAUGUCUGACGAUAUGUGGCUACCGCAAGCCGGGCAUGAGCGAGGCCGACUACCGCAAUCAUAUGGUGAAUGUUUCGGCGCCCAUGACUAAGGAUUUGAUGGUCAAGUACGGCGUCAAGCGAUGGACUCAGAUUCACAACCAGAGUGCCACUCGUGCGUUGAUGUCGCAGCUCUUCGAUCCUCAGAUGUGCAACCUGGCCGAUUUUGACUGCUUCAGCCAGGUGUUUUUCCGGAAUAUCGAUGAUUACAAGCGCAUGAAAACAGAUCCAUGGUACAAGAAGCAUUUAAUACACGAUCACGAAGUGUUUGCGGAUACGAAGAAAAGCAUGAUGACGAUAGGCUGGGUGGAGGAGUUUGUGCGAGAAGGCGAAGUGGUAGAUGGGUUCAAGGAUCGACCGGAUCGCGGAAUGUUAUCUCUCUUUUUGACUGCUGGGAUAUCGAUUCUUGUCACGUCCUUGGUUUGGAAGCGAUGGGUGCAUUAG